GAUAAAAGUUUAAUAAAUACCCCACUUGCUCAUAGAUACCAAAAUCAAAGCGACUCUAACCAUGAUACUAUUAAUUCCUUUCCUUACCGUAAUAGCUCUUACCGCCGGAGACGCUGUGCCGUCAGUCCCUGGAGACAACAGUCACUAUGUUGAGGGUCUGAGUCGCUACAUCUGGAUGCCGGACGGCGAUAACAAGCCGCAUCUGGUAGAUCUCCACGAACCCGUCGAUGAAGAGUUCUUGAAUGCCAGGAACGGCGCUGACAACCAGUACUGGCUUUUUACCAGAUCUAAUCCUAACAACCGCCAAGUGUUAGUGCACGGAAACAUAAACUCUGUGCGUAACUCAAACUACAGAGCCGCCCGACCGCUCAAAGUUAUCGUUCACGGAUGGAACAACAACGGGAACACCGCCAUGAAUCCCACCAUAACAUCCGCAUUUCUCGCGGUACAAGACGCCAACGUUAUUGUCGUAGAUUGGAAUAGAGUCGCCAAUAGCAACUACAACACCGCGGUCCGAGGUGUGCCAAGCGUCGGCCAACACUUGGGCAACUUCUUAGUGUGGCUUAUCAACACGGCCGGUGGCAACUGGAACAACGUACAUUUGGUCGGCUUCAGCUUGGGCGCUCACGUAGUCGGCAACGCCGGCCGCACCGCUGGUGGUCGUCCCGCUCGUGUUACUGGAUUGGACCCCGCCGGCCCGCAGUGGGGAGGAAACUCAAAUGCCCUAAAUCGUAACUCCGGACAAUACGUAGAGUGCAUCCACACAGACGGCCGCCUGCUCGGCAUUAUGGACGCUAUCGGCCACGCUGACUUCUACCCCAACGGCGGCAGGAACCCGCAGCCGGGUUGCACCACCAGCCUCUGCUCCCACGGACGAGCCACCGAUCUCUUCGCUUCCAGUGUCCGCACCAAUCACUUUGUCGGCAGACGGUGCCCGAACAUUCAUGAGGCUGAACUGUCUACGUGCAGCGGUAACGCUUUCAACAUGGGCAACGGUAUUAUCAGUAAACGAGGAUCCGGAUUAUAUGCUCUUCGCACCAGGAACGCUUGGCCUUUUUAAACGAACUAAAUAUACAAAUAAAUUUACUUUAUAAAAAUA